UAUAAAUAAUAAUAACUCUUUUUAUCACUACAAAUAGGAGAAAGGUUUGAUUUUUCUGCAGAAGUCUGCAACUAUGGGUGAUGAUAAACUGUUAUCAUUCCGUUAUCAAAUGAGAAUAGACACCUUUUCAGACGUUAAAGUUUCAAUGGAGAAAUACAAAUCAGCAGUUUUCAAAUUUGGAGGCUAUGAAUGGACAUUGGUUAUCCACCCAAAUGGAAACAAGAGCAAGAACGUGACAGAUCACAUAUCUUUCUACUUGGCAUUGGAAAAGACUGUACCGCUUGGUUCCGAAGUCCAUGCAAACUUUCGCUUGCUUUUAUUAGAUCAAUAUCUCCCCAGAAAUCACUGUUUCGAAAUUGAGGGAUGUUUCCACCCAUCGAAGCACGAAUGUGGUGUAGACAAGUUCAUUCUUUUUAAAGCUUUGGAUGAUUACCUGGCGGAAGGCUCUUGUACUUUUGGCGUAGAGGUGAUAUCUGUUCGGGAGCAGAAAACAGGCAAAGGAGAGUGCCUGUCAAUUAUAGAAGGAAGCCCCACAGUUACUCACAAAUGGAAGAUCGAUCAACUCUCUUCCAAGUUAAAACAAGAACGUAUCGACUCCGACAUAUUCACAGCUGGAACUCGAAGAUGGAAGAUAGAGCUGCAUCCAAAGGGAACAGAUGUUGGAAAAGAAACCCAUCUUUCUGUAUAUUUGGCUUUGGCAGAUCCUGUAACCACCUGUGCUCCUAACUCUAGAGUAUAUGCAGACAUUACAGUGCGCAUCAUGGAUGAUAAAGCCAAGCACGAACUUUUUACUGGAAAAGAUAGUUUGUGGUUCAGUGCUUCAAGCCCCAAACGUAGAUGGUCAACAUUCAUUUCACUUGAUGACUUAGAUAAAUUGAAGAAACGACUUCAUGAUAAGGACAUUUGUUUUGUUAAGGUAGACAUAAACGUUGUAGAAGCAGAGGUCCAAGUGCUCCCAUAAGCAAAGCAGAAAAGAAAUUCAGGAACAGGUGUAUGCUUGAAUAUUUGGUAGUAUUAUGUUUGAGUUGGGCUUUGUAUUGUUUGGGCUUUUAUGUGAUAAGUGUUGGGCUGGUCAAAGCCUAAUAUAAUAUAAAGGAAUAAAAUUUAAUUACGGAAUUUUAAUAGAAAACUCAAAAGUCAAGGCAUUCCUGUUAUUGAAUUAAGUGGCAGCCACGUUUUACCAA